AUGAGGCACAGACUGAUGUUCAGAUCAGAGAUAGAGACAGUGAAGAGGAUCCUGAGACCAGAGACCAGCACGGGACUGGAAAUGGACCACAGGCUGAGGAUCAUCUCUAUGUCCUUCUGGGUGCAAGUGUGUCUCCUCUUCACCUCCUCUUUACCUGCUGCAGGAGUUCAGAUCAGACUGGUUGGUCCUGGUUCUACUCGGUGCUCUGGUAGGGUUGAGGUCUUCCAUGGUGGUACCUGGGGAACAGUCUGUGAUGAUGGAUGGGACUUAAAUGAUGCUCAGGUGGUUUGUAGACAGAUGAACUGUGGGACGGCUCUGAGUGCCCUAGGCUCCGCCCACUUUGGUCCAGGUUCUGGUUCAACCUGGCUCGAUGAUGUGGCCUGUUCAGGAAGUGAGAGUUCUCUGACUGAGUGUCCACACCCAGGAUUUGGAACAGAGGACUGUGCACACGAUGAGGACGCUGGUGUCAUUUGUUCAGAUCACAUCAGACUGGUUGGUCCUGGUUCUACUCGGUGCUCUGGUAGGGUUGAGGUCUUCCAUGGUGGUACCUGGGGAACAGUCUGUGAUGAUGGAUGGGACUUAAAUGAUGCUCAGGUGGUUUGUAGACAGAUGAACUGUGGGACGGCAGUGAGUGCCCCAGGCUCCGCCCACUUUGGUCCAGGUUCUGGUUCAACCUGGCUCGAUGAUGUGGCCUGUUCAGGAAGUGAGAGUUCUCUGACUGAGUGUCCACACCCAGGAUUUGGAACAGAGGACUGUGAACAUGAUGAGGACGCUGGUGUCAUUUGUUCAGGCGCUGUGGUCCACACCGCUCCUUACCCCCACAGUUUUAUAAACAGGACGGAAACCGGCCCAGCCCUGCCGGCCCCCACGCAGCCCCUGCACCUGACCGACCCCCAGCCCAACCGCACAUGUGUCUCCGUGAAGCGGAUCCGAACGAAGGCCGACCGGCGACACCGGCGACCGUCAGCGACGCAGUGA